GCGGAUGACAACGCAGCCUCCACAACCUCAUUCCUCCAACCCACACGUCUCUCCAACCGCGCAACCAGUUCCCAUGAGUUCCCACGCACUCCCGUCAUGAUACGCCCUACCUGCGCCUGGGCCCGCCUGGGUCUCCGGCGCACAACCCUCCUCACCGCCCCACACACCCGCGCCGGAACACUCACCGGCUUCGCAAACGCUUCACACGUCGCCGGACGCACUGCGGCGCGCAUUGGACGGCGCUAUAAUGCUUCGCACCACCCGCCGGGCGCACCGGUAGCGCACAAAGCGCCCGAGACGACAAAGACAAUCCCCGGCCCCAGCUGGCUGUGGCUCGAACCUAUCUACGAGCCAUUCCGCGCGUAUGGACGCAUUCAGCAGCGGAGACCGUAUAUGACGCAGUUUGUGAGCGCGCUGGUGAUUUAUUUUGUGGGGGAUUUGGUGGCGCAGAGUAUUGGGUCUGCGUUGCCGGCUGUAGAGACAGAGGAGGAGGAGAGGACAGAGGGGGAAGGGGAGGAGGAAGAAGAAGAGAAAGGCUGGGUGCAGGAAUGGUACGACAAUAGGGAUUGGGCACGCACAGGGAGGGCGCUGAUGAUUGGCGGACUCGCGGCUGUGCCGGGGUAUAAGUGGUUUCUCUGGCUGGGCAAUUCGUUCAACUACGGCUCCAAAGUGCUGUCUCUUACGACAAAGGUCGCGGUAAACCAAGUCCUCUUCACGCCCAUCUUCAACACCUACUUCUUCGGCAUGCAGUCGCUCCUCUCCGGCGCCACGCUCCCCGAGAUCAGCGAGCGCAUAAAAAACACGGUGCCCACGUCGUGGUUGAAUAGCUGCAAGAUUUGGCCCGCGAUUACCGCGUUUAGCUUUACGUUUAUUCCGCUGCAGUAUCGCAGUAUUUUUGGGGGCGUUAUUGCGAUUGGCUGGCAGACAUACCUCUCCUUGCUGAAUCAGAGGGCUGCGGCUGAGGAGGCCGUCGAGCAUGCGCAUGGCCAUGAGCAGGAGGAGGUCCGGCAUAAGGAGGUGGCGGGGAGGGAGAGGGAUACGGAGAGGCAGUGCGAGGGGGAGAAGUGCGCUGCGUGAGCGGAUUGGGAAUCUUGCUAACGUGCGCUUUGGAGCCGCAUCAUUUCGGGGCUGGGGCACCACGGAAUGGAUAGAAGUCUACGACAGACAGACCUUGACGGUCACACUAUUUCCUUUGUUCAAUCGCAUAGACCAGGCGGGAUGCAUGCAUGAUAGACGGCACGGCGUUUUGGGCUCGGGUAUACCACAGACAGGCUUGAAUAGCCGCAUUCCUACAUAGACUUUUGUAUUCCCUAGUCAAUUAUACAUUAACCUUAGAC